AAAGUAAAAAAAUAAAAGGAGAAGUACUCACUCAUGACAUGAGCUGUUCAUUAUCAACCUUCUCCUCGUCCUCUCCCAAAGAAACCGACCGGUAUCUGCUGGAGUUCCGGGGGGGCAGCCUCUCUCUGUCGGCCAUCGGCUCCUUCAAAGGGAACAACGUCGGGGGAGGCAGGAAGGGACGGGACAGCAGCAAGCUGAGACGAUCUAACACCAGCCCUCGGAAGAAGGGAAGCCCCGCCUUAAACUGGAGCUGUGGAAGUUCCUUCAGAGAGGGUUCACUGUCUAACUCUGAUCUGAGCUUCACCAACGGAACAGUCCAGAGGGAGACUGUGGGUUUGUCCGUUUUCUCUGACGACGAGACGGAUCUGAUCAGAGAACUUCAGUCCAUGUGUUCAAGCAAGUCUGAGCCGGACAUCAGCAAGAUCUCUCAGACCAAAGACGACCUGUUCCUGUUCUCCAGCGUCUCCAGUCAAGAGUCUAAGACCCAGAAGCCUGAACAGGAGACCAACGUCCAGCAGGAGCAGCAGCGGACGACCGUUGCUCAUCAGUCUUUUCGCAGCUCCGACCACACGGACGUCCAGAGCAGCAACCGGCGCUCCACAGGACUGCGUGCCAAAUCCCAGCUCCCCGUGCCGAGCAGCAGGGGGCAGCAGGCACGAGCCUCAACAGCUGCAACCACUGGUAGCAGCAGCAAUAAUAACAACCACAGCAGCAGCAGCAGCAGCAGCAGUAAGAGCCCAAUCAGAACACAGACGCCUCCAAAUCGCAGCAGAAACAGCAGCAGCAGCAACAACAACUACUACCAUCGCAACAACAUCGACAACAACCGAUCACACGAGGACAUCUGGAUCCUCCACAGAGACCUGCAUGAAAACAAGUAGACAUCACCUCCUCAUCACCUCCACCUCUUCACCUCCUCAUCACCUCCACCUCUUCACCUCCUCUUCCUCACCUCCUUCUUCCCCUGAUUUUGCUGUGAACCUCACUCCAUGAUGUAAAGACUUGGUACCUGACGACCCUGGACUCUUAGUAUUUGUACUUGUUAUAGCCGUACUUGUUACACUGUACUACAGUUGUGUACUUGGGGACCAUAGUUUUAUUCUAUUACAGUAUUUGAAGUAUUUGAUCGUGCAGGACGUUUAAAUAAGAGGCUUCGUUUGACGGUAACUAAAAUGUAAGAAAAGACGGGACGUGAGCGCAGCAGGUUACUUUAUUGUUGCCUUAUUCCAGUAAUUCAACCUGCAGAGAGUGACAGGAGUUUAGAGUCUGAAGACGGUAGACUGUAUAUAAGAAAUGGACGUCUGUGUGACCUCUGUCACGGAGCGGUUGAGGACAAACAGCCAAAAGUAAAAACAUACUCACAAACACACUGUGAAGUGGCAGCCCUGCCCACUGACGCCCCCUGUGGUCUGUUUGAAAUCACACAAUAGACAUCAUGUUAAGUUAGGGACAGAUGCAGGAUGAGGAGCAGCACCUCUGAAGUCUGAAGGAGGAGGGUUAGAUUCCCACUCCUGGAUGGGGGAGGCCUUGUCACAGGGGUCUUACCACCGUAGACACCUAGUGGACGAGUGUAAAACUAUCGCUAUUUUUUAGGGAAGACCACAUGGUGGCACUAUUGGAAAAUGAUGCACAACGCAACUAACUUUAACAUGAUUGAAAUCUGUUUUCUCUGCAACAAGCAGAACAGUGUCGCCCCCCAGUGGUUCACUUCCUGGACUUGUCUUUCAAAACCCGAUGUAAGAAAUCCAUUUCUUACCUACAGUCCUCUGUAGAGACAUAAAAAUAAGACUUGUGAAAACUGCCUCGACUAGCUGUCACAGUACUGUGUACUUCUGUACUGUGUACUUCUGUACUGUGUACUUCUGUACUGCUCCUGAGUUAAAAAGUCACUGAAAAGUCAAUGAAAAGUCAAAUGUGUUUUUGAAGAAAGAAACGAGCAGGUUUUAAUUUUCUUUCCUUUUUUUGCUAUGAAGUAUUUUGAGAUAUUCAAGUGUUUUACCUUUGAAUAGUCGCAAGGUUGGUUUAAAUACUGUUGAAAUUAAUCAGGGUUUUACCAAAUAUAUUUGUAAAUAAGAAUUAGUACGUUUAAAAGCUCUAUAGAUUGGUGUACGUGGUCUGGCGCUUGUACAGUGACAAAAACCUUGGAGUAAAACUGCUGGCAAAAAAAACAAAAGAAAAAAAAAUAAAUAAAGUGAACUUGUACAUAGCGUUUGUAACAUGAGUUUGGUUCCAAACCCUUCACUUGUUUCAGAGUGAGGGCGAUGUGGCAAUAAGUAAUAGACACGUAUAAACACAGGAUGUCCUCUGUCAACUGUAAGCCAUAAUAAAUAUUUUAAAUUCCCAUCAUCCUCUGAGUCACGUUGAAUUUAGCCCCAGCUGAGCCCGACCGUGUCGCUCACCUCAUCGUCGUUUCACCAUCACUGUGUUGUUCAUGUGUUUUUAUUUUAAGUGGAUAUUGUUUAUAUAUACAAAUAUAAAUACCUAAUAUACAUAUGUACAGGAGAGAUUCUAGUCCACCACGAUUUAGAUCUGUACGACCGCUGUUUGAAGUUUAAAGAUUUGUCUUUCCAGCACAAACAUUAAAGUGGAAUUGUUAAAAUCCCCGUCGGACUUACGCUGUCAUUUUUUUUCUUCUCUGAAGGUUAAUUAUUACGUUAGUUCUCUUUCAAGAUUUAACUCAAGCAGAAGAAACUCUGACUACAGUUAGAAGUGCUAAUUUCUAACAAAAAAUGAGCCGAUAUUAGCAUAAUUCAUAAAUCAUUUUCACUUUUUCCUCCAAUAAUGAAAACCCGAUAACGCAAUCCCUGGGUUUGGCCAAAUGAUGUGUGCCCUCAAAGUACUUUUAGGGAUAAACGGUUGUAUAUUAAAGUGAAAGUCACUAGAUGGCAGCAUCGCAGCUCAUUUUAUUAAUCUAUUUUAAUGUUCACGAUUGUGUACGCAGAAUGCUGGUGUCAGCACUUUAUACAGUGGUUUGUACAGAUAAAUAAAUGAAUAUCAGUAUCGGUUGAUAUCAGAAUCGGAAAUUAACUGUUUGGACAAUAUCGUUUAUCGGCAAAGUUAAUAUCGGAUAUAUAUUUUAAGCGCAAGAAUUUUUUUCUAGCUUUAAAAAUCUGACAUAAGAAAUUUCCAAAACACUAAAAUAAAUUACAGCACCAGAUGUCGAAGACUUAAAAUUUGUUGUUUUACUGGAAAUAUAGUUGAUUGAACAAAUACAUUUAUACAUUUUGGGACAUUGGUGUCCUUUUUUUUUUUUUUUUUUUUUUUUACUAUGAGUAACAAACAGCUUUGUUCUUCAUUUACACUGUAAAAAAUAUUUCAACUGUCACAGUUAACAUAUCAAGGCGUUUGGGUGGUACCUUAAUUACCUCAAAUACCUCUGCUACACAACACGUGAUUAGUAUUUAAAAAAAAAAA